AUGGCAGAGUACAAUAAGCUUUCCGAGGUUACUUUUAACCCCAAGAUCAGGUCUUGGCGUUUCAAAGUGCAACUACACAGGAUCUACCCUUACGCGAUUACCAACCAUGGGUCUUACUAUAAGUAUAUCCUCGCAGGUGCAGAUGGAUACAAGAUGGAGAUGACCACUGAUGGGGAUUAUCCAAAUUUUAGAGGCCUUGAGAAGGAAGAGGGAAGAUGGGUGGAAAUCUUUGUGGUAGAAGUUGAACGGACCUACCCAUGUUUCCAGCCAACUAGCUCUCCGUUCAGACUAAAUGCUUCGCGCUGUACGCAAGUCCGCAUCAUCAAACCUCUGAACAGUCGUCUUUUCUUGGACUUCAAAAGCAUCCAUGAAAUCCCUCGCAUGCACUGGCGUGACCUCAGAUAUCCCAUAGGUUAUUUUGGUCCUCCUGAAAUAUGGCUUGAGACCGAAGGUGGAUUUGCGGACUUCAGGUUCAAUCCGUGUUUGCCCAAGGUUGAGGAAUUCAGGCAGUCUCUACUAAACAGCGACCCUUAUGUUCAGAAAUAUGGGGUUGAAGGUCUCGUGUAA